GCUUCAGUUCAUUCAGGAACAUGGCUGGGAAAGAACCAGGUUUUAAGAAGCAAAGGUGGUCUCUUCAGGGUAUGACUGCACUUGUCACUGGUGGAACAAGAGGCAUAGGAUGUGCGACUGUUGAAGAACUAGCAACACUUGGUGCAACAGUUCAUACAUGUUCCAGGAACCAGACAGAGCUUAAUGAAAAGAUGCAAGAAUGGCAGAGUAAGGGGUUUAAAGUGACCGGUUCGGUUUGCGACCUUUCUUGCAGAGAUCAAAGAGAGAAGCUUAUGGAGACUGUCUCAUCUGUUUUCGAUGGCAAACUCAACAUCCUCAUCAAUAAUGCAGGAACCAUUGUAAUCAAGUCUUGCUCAGAACACACUCUUGAAGACUACGCAACUGUGAUGAGUACCAACGUUGAGGCUCCUUAUCAUCUUUGUCAGCUUGCACAUCCUUUCCUCAAAGCAUCAGGAACUGCAAGUAUUGUGUUCAUCUCCUCCGUGGCUGGUUCAAUGGCUCUACCUCGAUUAUCAGCGUAUUCGGCAUCUAAAGCUGCGACUAACCAAAUUACAAAGAGCUUGGCUUGUGAGUGGGCAAAGGAUAACAUUCGGACGAAUACGGUUUCACCUUGGGGUGUUAGAACAUCGAUUAUGAAACCAGAGGCGGACACUGCAUAUGUUGUGGAAUUUCUGAGGCUGAUAGGUGGAACUGCAAUGCCUAGGAUAGCAGAACCAGAAGAGAUUUCAUCAAUGGUGGCAUUCCUUUGCCUUCCAGCAGCCUCAUACAUCACUGGUCAGGUUAUAUGUGUGGAUGGAGGGUAUACAGCAGGUGGCUGUUGGCCAUUUCAGAACUUUAGCUUCAAUCCUUGAAAUCUUCAGCAUCAAGCUACAAGAAUGUAUUAGACACAAACUUUGUGCAAAAAACUAAUGGGGUUCAAUGUAA